AUGAACCGCCCCAACAUGACGACGCCCCUCAGCAAAGCGCGUCGACACGGAACCGCGUUCGUUCUGGCGGCGAUGUUCCUGAGCGUCGUCUCGCUCGUGCUGCUCCGACUCCAACACAAUCUCACCUCCCACCGCUCCACACGAUUUGGUCACGACGGAACAACAUCGUGGCAAUUCAAUGAGCGGGUCCCGACACCGGAGGAGCGGCUGCAGGAGCUCAAUGCCGACUAUACCCCUGGCCGCUACGAUGGGUUUGGCGUCGGCUCCGCGGAUCUGGCGCGGUACCGCGAGGAAUUGGUCGACUUUGUCCGCGCAAUCAACCUCACCUCCAAGGACGUUCCCAGUCCGAGCGGAACAUUACCUCACACCGACACACCCUCGCUCGUCCAUUCGCUCGAAUGCCACCUCGAACUAAGGUGUCGCGCGGCCUCCGCCACAGCCAAGGCGGUCCGGAGAGGCCUCUUCGCGACCGCUUCCCAAACCUCCGCCUUCUCGACCCCCAACAUGCUCGAGUGGCAACGCAUCAACCCAGGCUACGCGAUGAACUUCUACACCGACGAACAGGUCUUUGCCUUUGUCCACUACCACUUCCCGACCGAAUCCUCCUCUGUAUCCAAAGUCUUUGACACCUUGCCACUCGAGAUUAUCAAGUACGAUUGGUUCCGCUACCUUGCCGUCGGGUUAUACGGUGGCUUCUACGCCGACGUCGAUACCUACCCUCUCAAGUCGCUGGACGCAUUGCUCUCGGCCCAACCGUUUCAAAAAGUGAUUGACCGCACCGAUCGAUUACUCGUUCCCGACCAUGAUCCGACCGCACCACCGGGAUUGGUCGUCGGCGUUGAAUGGACUGGGAGACAGAACAAUCUGAGGAACGUCCUUUUUGGGCGCAAGUUGGGGAUCGUGCAAUGGGGAUUCGGGGCGAGUCAAGGGCAUCCCGUGUUGAUCGAGUCGGCCAAGAGGGUGUUGGAGAACUCGGUGAGAUCGUCGAGGCGGGAAUGGGACGCUCGGGAAGGCAAAGGGCCAGAGGAUAUGUUGCCGUUCAAUCCGGCCCAGGAUAAGACCAAGCCAUUGGUGUUGGAGUGGUCAGGGCCGGCUGUGUUCACGGACUGCGUCGCUAGGUAAGUUGGCCGCUCUUAGCUGGGCCGCUGAACUUAGAUGUGCUCACCCAUUGAUGUGCUUUGGCGCCUUCAGGUAUCUUCAAACAUACUACGGUAUUUCGUUGAGCUCUUUGGCGCAUACGACCGAACCUAUUCGGAUAGGUGACGUCUUGCUCUUGCCGAUCGCGGCGUUGCAAGUCCCCAAGUACUCGGCGAUGCGAUGGCUCAACUGGUUCCUUGGGCGAGAGUUCCACCCGUGGUCCGAGCAAUGGCAUGUGAUGCGACAUGGUGAGCGGUUAUCCUGCAAGUCUUUAUGAUUUUCCUGGAUCGUGCUCACCACAAUUUUCCGAUAGAUCACACACACGUAUGGUGGACAGCCGCCCAAAAAUCCAAGAAAAAGCCGACGACAUCACGAGAACGGUGA